AACUGUUGAACUUUGUGAAGAACUUUGCAACGUUUGAUUUUAUUACCACGCAGUUUGCUGACAGGUGUUUGUCUACUGCAACCAGACUGGGAGCCUCUUUUAACCCGAGGCCCUACUCCAGAGACGAAAAACGGCCCAGCUAAUUGGAUACAGUGUGGACCAAUCAAAGUUAAACUGAUUAAGCGGUGGACCAAUCAGCAGUGGGUAAAUUGUGUGACCAUCAUCCCAUCAGCAUCUCUCUAGAUUCCAACCUCCCCCUUUGCGUGUGUGCUCUCUAGCUCUACAUCUUCGCUUCCACCAUGGCCUUUGUAGUGAAUAACCUCCGAACUCUGUCUAAGCUCGGCACUCUGGCCGUCCAUCAGCGGACUUUCCUCGUGGGUGGUGUGAGGGUGUUGGACUGUGUUCACAGAGGAAUGGCCAGCUUUAAGAAGGUUGACCUGUCCGGAGUGUUCCCACCGCUGCCCACGCCGUUCGAUCAAGACGAGAAGGUCAACCACGAGCACCUCAGAAACAACGUCGCAAAGUGGAAUGAGAUUGACUUUAGAGGCUAUGUUGUGCAAGGCUCAAACGGAGAGUACACCUACCUGAGUGAUGAGGAGCGUGUGGAGUUAGUGAGAACAGUGAAGCAGGCCGCAGCACCGGGCAAACUCAUUAUUGCUGGAUCAGGAUGUGAAUCCACCCAGGCGACGAUGGCCAUGACUCAGAAGAUGGCGGAUGCAGGAGCAGAUGUCGCCAUGGUGAUCACACCUUUCUACUUCAAGGGCAGGAUGACGAACCAGGCCUUCAAGUACCACUAUGAGAAGGUUGCCUCAGCCAGUCCUAUCCCAGUCAUCCUGUACAGUGUACCAGCCAACACAGGAGUGGACCUGCCUGCAGAUGUGGUGGCUGCACUAUCACAACAUCCCAACAUCAUCGGCAUUAAGGACAGCGCAGGAGAUGUGAGUUCUUGGAAUACAUUAACUGUUGUAAAAGCUGUUUAGUUGCACAUCCCAUUU